UUAUAUAUAAAAUUAAGUGGCAAAACUUCCUGUUCGCAUACUCCUCCUAGACGGCUUGCCCGAUUUCAAUGAAAUUUUCAGGGGUGAUUGGGGUCUGUUUGGAGGGUGCACAUAAGAAAUUUAAUGUGUGUAUCAUUGCACGUUUUGCAAAAAAAACAAAAAAAAAAAAUCAUACAUCCCGCCUAUACAACUUCUAAUGAAAUAAUGUUUUGCCGCAAGAUUGGUAGUCCUGUCAAAUGCCUUUUACUAAUAAACAGAAACAACUGGCGGAUGUUUACAACUAAUAAAAAACAUUGACAUCGCAUGUUGAUCGUAUUUGCCUUUUUGUUCUUUCUAUUGACAUAUUUUAAAAUUGUGUGUAUUUUUCUCUGAUUUCAACGUGAUUAACAUUCUGCGUACAACACAAAUCAAGUGAGUAUUGUUGUUGUUUCGUAUGUGAUGCCAUGCGGUUCGAUUGUCGCUUGAAAAUGCGCGGUGUGUGUAAAAAAAAGUGUUUCAACAUUGUGUGUUUUUUCCAGAUUUAAUUCCAUCGAUUUGUUACAUUUAUUCGAACCGAUUUUGUGUUUUUCUGCUGACCGUGCAACACACACAAAGCACGUGAGUAUUGUUAUUGUUUCGUUAGUGCUUCCAUGCGGUUUGCAAAUACACUGUUGGUGGGUCUUAUUGCAUAUGCGUGUGUAGUUUAAGAUGUAGUUUUAGGUUAAUUUUUACAUUUUUAUUUAUGUACUUCAAAUAUGCAUACUCUAGAAAAUGCCUCGACUACGCCAACGUAAUACGGUUGGCAGGCAUACGAGUGAUUCACGUCGAAUGUCAAUAUUAAGAAGAAAUCAAAACGAAGAGCAGCGCGCUGAAGUGAAUGCCCGAGGUAGAGCGGUGUACAGAGAGCGGCGUGCACAGAUUAGAGCUGAAUUCGCCGACAAUCAACGGCCAAGGGCCGAGUUCCGGUCCGAGUUCCGGUCCGCCUUCGCGAUCAAAUGGAACAUGUUGGCUUUCACUACGAUCCUGACUGCGACUACAGCCUGCAUGGUGCCAUUGGAGCAAUGGAUAUUAUUUGUACGCAUUGCAAUGCAGCGAAAUUUCGAGGAGAAACAGCUGGCAUGUGCUGCUCCAGUGGCAAAGUGAAACUGCCUGCAUUGGAACCGCCACCAGAACCAUUACAUUCCUUGCUCACUGGAGAAUCGCCGACGUCUAAGCAUUUCUUGCAGAACAUACAAGCGUACAAUUCAUGCUUUCAAAUGACUUCUUUUGGUGCCACAAAGAUCAUUAGAGAUCCAUUUAUGCCGACGUUCAAGAUUCAGGGACAAAUAUACCAUCGAGCAGGCUCGCUCAUACCAUUUGCCGAUGCCGACUAUCAAUUUUUGCAAAUAUAUUUCAUCGGUAAUGAAACUGACCAACUAAAUCAACGAUGUGAAAUUGCGACCGGCACAAGGCGAGAAAUCGUACUAAAUUUGCAAAGAUUUCUCCAUGAGCACAAUGAAUUGAUUCGAUUGUUCAAAAUCGCAUUGGACCGCAUGCCGUCUGAUAACCAUCGAAUCGUCAUCAGAGCAGACAAAAUGCCGAUGGGGCAGCAUGCCAGACGAUUCAACGCACCAACAAUCGAUGAGGUGGCAAUCGUCAUUGUUGGCGAACAGUUUGAAUCGCGAGAUAUUGUACUGCACCGUAGAAACGAACAACUUCAGCGUGUUUCCGAGCUACACCGUUGUUAUGAUGCAUUACAAUAUCCGAUAUUAUUCUGGAGAGGUGAUGACGGCUAUCACAUCAAUAUGCGAUUGAUAAAUCCAACUACUGGCCAAGAAACACCGAAAAAACUGAGUGCGAUGAACUUCUAUUCGUACAGAAUAAUGAUUCGUCCGCAAGAAGAUAACUACAUCCUGAAAUGUCGCAAGCUUUUCCAUCAGUAUUUGGUUGACAUGUAUGCGAAAAUCGAGACCGAACGUGUCAACUUUAUUCGAUUCAACCAAGCGAAAUUGCGUUCUGAAGAGUACAUCCAUUUGAGAGACGCCGUAAUGAAUGAUGCAAAUGUGAAUAGCAUUGGACGUCUGACAAUAUUGCCAGCCACAUACAUCGGCAGUCCGCGCCAUAUGCACGAGUAUGCGCAAGAUGCGAUGUCGUAUGUGCGCCAUUACGGCAGACCGGAUCUGUUCAUAACGUUCACGUGCAAUCCCAAGUGGAAUGACAUCAAAUGCCAUUUGUUCCCCGGUCAAUCAACAACUGAUCGUCACGACUUGACAGCACGUGUAUUCAGGGAAAAGCAAAAAGCAAUGAUGGAUUUAAUUGUGAAACUUCGUGUUUUUGGAGAAGUUCGAUGCUGGAUGUACUCGAUCGAAUGGCAGAAAAGAGGAUUACCGCAUGCACACAUCUUGAUUUGGUUAGUUCGCAAAAUACGACCAGAUCAGAUUGACAAAGUCAUCUCAGCGGAAAUUCCAGAUGAAGCAAUCGACCCACAAUUGUUCGACGUUGUAACAAAAAACAUGAUCCACGGCCCUUGCGGCGCUAUUAAUCCAACGUCACCAUGCAUGAUUGACAAUAAGUGUUCAAAGCGCUAUCCUAGAGCUUUAGUUGAUGAUACAAUCACUGGAAAUGACGGAUAUCCAUUAUAUCGGCGUCGAUCCGCUGAAGAUGGUGGUAAUUCAACGGUCAUAAAAGUUCGGGAUCAAGACGUUGAUGUUGAUAAUCGUUGGGUCGUGCCGUAUUCACCAUUGUUGUCAAAAAUUUUCGAAGCGCACAUAAAUGUAGAAUAUUGCAACUCUGUCAAAUCGAUUAAACACAUCUGCAAAUACGUAAAUAAGGGCAGUGAUAUGGCAGUUUUUGGAGUAGCUGAUUAUCAGACAAUCGAUGAAAUUCAGCAAUACCAAAUGGGCCGUUAUAUAAGCAGCAACGAAGCGGUAUGGCGCAUUUUAUCGUUUCCAAUACACGACCGGCAUCCCGUUGUUCUUCAUUUGGCAGUUCAUCUCGAAAAUGGUCAACGCGUUUAUUUCACUGCAGACAAUAUACAACAGAGCGCAGCACGACCACCGCGGACAACACUAACUACCUUUUUCGAGUUGUGUGAAACCGAUGAAUUUGCAAGAACAUUGCUAUAUUCCGAAAUACCACAAUAUUUCACUUGGAAUCCAUCAUCGAAAACAUUUCAACGACGAAAGCAAGGGGAGCGUGUUGACGGUUAUCCAAAUGUCCGUAAAACCGAUGCCAUAGGACGCAUUUACACCGUCCAUCCGAACAACGCCGAAUGUUUCUAUUUGCGUCUGCUAUUAGUCAACGUGCGCGGACCAAGAUCAUUUGAUGAUUUGAAAACUGUUGACGGUCAGUUGUGUGCGACGUAUCUUUUUAAGCAGGCGCGAAAUGGUUUCAAGGAGAUUGGUAGUGAACUUGAAACACUUACUGAAAUAUUUAGGCAUUCUGAAACUCUGUUUCAAUCGUUUCAAUGCCUAAAUGUGCUAGAAGAGAAUCCAAAACCUUCAUCUAAACGUAAACGUCCGUCUGAUGAAGACCUCAUUAAUCUUUCAUCCCUUUGUCCUCAAGGAGAGAAGGUUCCGUCUGCUCAGGACACAGAGAAAACUGUUACUGAACACGAUAUAGACAUCCGUAAAUUUAAUUUCAAAUACAACAGGGAUAUUUCGUCGUUUACGAUCGACUUAUCCGCUGACAAUUUUCAAUUGAUACUUGACUACUCAUUCUGGCCAUCUCGGGUGUUUGUGCGCGAAUUCGAGCUCAAACGUGAUAAGCCUCCUGUAAAAUGCCAAGAAAUCCCGUGA